AAUAACCCCCAAUUAAAACUCUUUCCCUCUAUAUGCUGCUGUCUUCUUCACCACUUCUCUAUUGGCGCCUCCUCUUCACUCAAUCUCUCCGCCGCCGCCGCCGUCCUCCGCCGUGUAACCACUCUUUCCUCCACCUCCGCCGCCGUUAUUUCUCAUCUCCGCCGGCAACAGUUAGUAUGGCGGCCAACUACCCAAUAGACGAAAGUUAUUUACAGAAUGUGAUACCUAGACGUAUAGCACUAUUCGAAUCUAUACAGAAUCAACAACGCCUUCAACGCCUUUCACUCUCUCCUGAUCCUAUCCAGAUUGAAUUACCGAAUGGGACAAUUAAGGUGGGGAAGAAAUGGAAUACCACGCCAUUGGAUAUAGCAAAGGAGAUAUCGAAAAGCUUGGCUUCAAAUGCGUUGAUCGCAAAGGUGAACGGGGUGCUUUGGGAUUUGUUGAGGCCGUUGGAAGGUGAUUGUAGGCUAGAGCUCUUCACCUUUGACAGUGAUGAGGGUCGCGACACGUUUUGGCACUCGAGUGCUCACAUUCUUGGCGAGUCGGUGGAGAGGACGUAUGGAUGCAAAUUGUGUAUUGGACCGUGUACAACAAGAGGAGAGGGUUUCUACUAUGAUGCCUUUUAUGGUGAUCUGGGAUUAAAUGAGGAUCAUUUUAAACGGAUUAAUCAGGAGGCAGCAAGAGCUGUUUCGGAGAAACAACCUUUUGAACGCAUCGAAGUUUCACGGCAACAAGCUCUCGAUAUAUUCUCUGAUAAUAGGUUUAAGGUUGAAAUCAUCAAAGAUUUAGCUGAAGAUAAAACAAUCACAGUAUAUAGAUGUGGACCCUUGGUCGAUCUUUGCCGUGGUCCCCAUAUACCAAAUACAUCUUUUGUUAAAGCAUUUACCUGUACAAAGGCUUCAUCAGCAUAUUGGAGAGGAGAUAAGGACCGUGAGAGCUUGCAAAGAGUUUAUGGAAUAUCUUUUCCAGAUCAGAAACGGUUGAAGGAAUACCUCAAAAUGCUGGAGGAAGCAAAGAAAUACGAUCACAGAGAGCUGACUAAGAAGCAGGAGCUUUUCUUUUUUCAUCCAUUAAGCCCUGGAAGUUGCUUCUUUCUUCCACAUGGUGCUCGAGUUUGCAACAAACUGCUGGAGUUCAUAAAGAAACAGUAUUGGAAGAGAGGCUAUGAAGAGGUUUGGAGUCCAAAUAUGUACAACAUGCAAUUGUGGGAAACUUCUGGUCAUGCUGCAAAUUACAAGGAGAACAUGUUUGUGUUUGAGAUUGAAAAGCAAGAAUUUGGGCUGAAGCCAAUGAAUUGCCCAGGUCAUUGUUUGAUAUUUGAUCACAGAGUUCGUUCUUACAGGGAGCUACCACUUCGUCUGGCUGACUUUGGAGUUCUACACAGGAAUGAGGCCAGUGGUGCACUUACUGGUUUAACACGUGUCAGGAGAUUCCAGCAGGAUGAUGCUCACAUCUUUUGCAGGGAGUCACAGAUUAAGGAUGAAGUCAAGGGUGUCUUAGAUUUCAUCAGCUAUGUGUAUAAGAUAUUUGGUUUCACUUUUGACCUGAAGUUAUCAACGAGGCCUGAAAAAUAUCUUGGAGACUUGGAAAGUUGGGAAAAGGCUGAAGCUGCUCUUGCAGAAGCAUUGAACGAGUUCGGGAAGCCCUGGGAGAUCAAUGAAGGAGAUGGAGCAUUUUACGGUCCAAAAAUUGAUAUCACUGUUUCUGAUGCAAUGAGAAGGAAAUUCCAGUGUGCAACAUUGCAGCUUGAUUUCCAACUUCCUCAACGAUUCAACCUGUCAUACUCAGCAGAAGAUGAAAGUAAGAGGGAGAGACCAGUCAUGAUACAUAGAGCUAUACUAGGGUCAGUUGAGCGUAUGUUCGCUAUUCUUUUGGAGCAUUUCAAGGGGAAAUGGCCUUUCUGGCUUAGUCCACGUCAAGCGAUGGUCUGCCCGGUCUCCGACAAAUCCCAGUCAUAUGCGCUUGAGCUCCGGGAGCGGAUACAUGAUGCUGGUUUUUAUGUUGAUGUUGAUACCAGUGACAGGACAAUCCAGAAAAAGGUACGAGAGGCUCAAGUUGCGCAAUAUAACUAUAUUCUAGUUGUUGGAGAAGCGGAAGCCAGUAGUGGCGAGGUGAGCGUUAGAGUGAGAGACAAGCCUGAACAUCAAGUCAUGACAGUUGAUGGCCUCCUCACUCACUUCAAAGAUGUGGUUGCAUCAUUUCAGUAGGAGAGUCACUGUUUCUCUUGCAUUGUACCACUGAAGAAAUGCUGCAUGCCAAUACAGUAAUUUUUUUUGUUCUUCAGCAACUGAAAGCCAUUUGUAUUACAACACUGAUAUAGAUUCAGGGAAUUUUUGUAUUGUACCCGUAUUUUUUUCCUACUCACUAUUGGGAUGGUAAAUGGUCUCAAUUGUGAUCGACAGUUGAAGUAGGUAGCUCAUAUUGAUUUGUCAGUUUUCUUUUCCCCAGAUAGGUCAGCAUUUCUCCACCAUGUAGAAUGUCUUUGUUAUUUUCCAUUUCGUUAAUGCAAUCGAUUUUAUGUCA